UGAAGAAGGGAUAUUUAUUUCCAAAUUGAUGGUAUUGGUAGGGUUAUGAAUAUAUAUAUAUAUAUAUAUAUAUAUUAAUAAUGUGUAUGCAUUCUAAUUUUUAUUUUUCUCCGAAAAUACACCCCCUACCCUCCCGCGAUUGCAGGGCUUUUCUUGAAUCAAGAUUGUGGCCCGGAGUUCCAGCGAGAGGCUGGGUGUAUAAGCUAGGGUUUUUGAGUUGACAGAUCUGAGUGCGACUCCACAAUUCGAUCAUUACAAUCCAUAAUUCAACAUGUUUUGGCGUAUGGCUGGCCUCUCCACUGCAUCUCCAGUGGAAACCAUUUUAGAUAAAGAAAAUUUUACACUGGAGGAGCUAUUGGAUGAGGACGAAAUAAUUCAAGAGUGCAAAGCUCUUAAUGGUCGUCUUAUUAAUUUUUUGCGCGAGAAAAAUACAGUAAAACAACUGAUUCAAUACAUAGUGGAAGAAGCUCCAGUGGAUGCUGAGAAACAACGAACAUUCAAGUUUCCUUUCAUCGCAUGUGAAAUUUUCACUUGUGAGGUUGAUAUCAUACUCAAAGCUUUGGUAGAGGACGAGGAGUUGAUGGACCUGUUAUUCUCCUUUUUGGAUCCUGAGCGCCCCCAUGGUACUCUAUUGGCUGGUUAUUUCAGCAAGGUUGUUGUAUGCCUGUUGCUGCGGAAGACUACUCCCCUAAUGAAUUACAUACGAGCUCAUCCGGAUAUCAUUAGCAGGCUCGUUGACCUAAUUGGAAUUACGUCUAUAAUGGAGGUUUUAAUUCGUCUCAUUGGCGCUGAUGAACACAUUUAUGCGAACUAUGUGGACUCCAUGCAGUGGUUGGAAGAUAUGAAUGUGCUGGAGAUGAUUGUUGACAAAUUUAGUUCAUCUGACUGCCCUGAAGUGCAUGCUAAUGCUGCAGAAACUCUCUGUGCAAUUACUCGAUAUGCUCCGCCAGGGCUGGCUUCAAAAAUCUCUAGCCCGAGUUUUAUUGGGAGAUUAUUCCGCCAUGCUCUGGAGGAGUCCAGGCCAAAUUCUGUUUUGGUUAACUUGUUAUCCGUCUGUAUAUCUUUGUUAGAUCCCAAAAGGUUAACAUCAGGGACAUAUUACAUGUACACCCGCCAAAUGACUCAUGGCUCAACUGGUGCUGCUAAUCCUGAGACUGUUCAAGGCAUGCUGGAAAGCUUAGGUAAUCUGCUCAAGCUUUUGGAUAUUUCAUCCGAGGACCAUGUCUUGCUAACCACAUAUGGCAAAUUGCAGCCUCCUCUAGGAAAGCAUCGUUUGAAGAUUAUAGAGUUCAUCUCUGUCUUGGUGGCUGUUAGUAGUGAAGUUGCAGAAAAGGAAUUGAUUCGCCUGGGCGCUGUGAAGCGUAUUUUUGAAUUGUUUUUUGAGUAUCCAUACAAUAAUUUCUUACAUCACCAUGUGGAACAAAUUGUAAUUUCUUGCCUGGAGAGCAAAAAUCCUCAGUUUGUUGAACAUCUUCUUCGGGAUUGUAAUCUUAUUGGGAGGAUUCUUGAAGCAGAAAAAGACUCCACUUUGGCUGUUAAUACAAGCAGGCAUACUGUACCUGCUGAGGGAAGAUCAGCACCCAGGAUAGGCAAUAUUGGUCACCUAACCCGUAUUGCUAAUAAACUUAUUCAAUUGGGGAAUAGCAACAGCUUGAUACAGACAUUCCUGCAGGAGAAUAGUGAUUGGGUGGAUUGGCAGACAAAUGUGCUGCUUAAGCGCAAUGCUGUGGAAAAUGUUUUCCAGUGGGCUUGCGGGAGGCCAACUGCACUACAGGAUCGAACAAGAGAUAGUGAUGAUGAUGAUUACCAAGAUAGAGAUUAUGAUGUUGCAGCUUUGGCAAAUAACUUGAGCCAGGCCUUCCGAUAUGGAAUCUACAGUAAUGAUGAUAUUGAUGAGGCUCGUGGGUCUCUCGAACGAGAUGAUGAGGAUGUGUACUUUGACGAUGAAUCUGCUGAAGUCGUCAUUUCUUCCCUUAGGUUGGGCGAUGACCAGGAAAGUGGGUCUCUUUUUACAAACUCCAAUUGGUUUGCAUUUGAGGGUGAGAGAAUUGUUGAUGAGCAUUCAUCUGGUUCGACUGCUUCCUCAUCCCCCAACACUAAGGACACUAAGGGGCAUGAAGGUGUUGGAGGAGCUGAUGAUGAGGAUUUGGCAGACACUGCCACAUCCGAACCUGUUCAAGAGAUACCAACUUUAGAUGAUAAUGCUGAAAUAAAUGCACCUAGCAAAUUGUCAGAGGGCUCCAGAGAAACUGAAACCAGUGGGUCUGACAAACCACCUGAGUGGGUUGAGUGGAGGGAAACUUCUGGUUCACUUGAACUUCCUCCUACCUCGGAUUCUUCUAACACGUCCAGUGCAGCUCACAAACCACCUUUGCCCAAUGGUGAGCUAGAAUUGGAAUUAGAAGAUCAACCUGAUGAUGUCGGACCAGAUAAAACAGUUGCUUCCCCAACUUAUGCUGAUGCGCCUGCAGAUAAUUGCAAGACUGAUGGUGGGGGGUCACCUGAUUCAAAAAACAUUGAUUCUGUUUCCAGUCCUUCACAAUCCACAGCGGUGGCUAAAGCGAACCCAAGCAUUGGAGAAGUAGAUUCUCAUGCUGAAAUGGAAGACUCUUCUGGACCUACAGAAUGUGAACAGAAGAAUUAAUUGGGGAGUGUAAAUUCUUAUGCUAAGUUGUGUCAAGAUGAACCUAGCACUUGUGUUGAAGAGGUGGGAGGAAUGACCCUGUGAAUGGUGCUGUUCAAGUAAUGUACCCUACCUUCUUUGUUAUAUGGGUUGGAUCGAAGCCUGAUGGUUUUCGCCCUAUUCCGACCUUUAGGCAACAAAGUGCUAUCAGCUCGAUUGGAGCCUAACAGCUACUGAAUCUAUAGAUCUGUUCUUUUUCCCCUCCCUUUUUGUAUUUGUACUGCUAGGUAAAACCUGUCUUGCUGUUCAGACGUUUAUUGUAUGUUCACAAGAUCUUGUUUAUACCUUGUAGUUGUUUUACUCUUGACAAAGUGGCAUCAAAAGAUUCCUUUCUUAAGUUGUCAAGUGUUCAA